AUGGCGUCCUACUCUCAGCAAGAGAAGUCGUACUACGACCAGCUCUUCUCAGUCAUCGACAAGACCGACUCGGGCGUCCUCCCGGGCCAGGAUGCCCUCCCCUUCCUCGUCUCCUCCAACCUGCCGCAGCAGACACUCGGUGAAGUCUGGGCAUUGGCCGACCCGGAGAACAAUGGAUUCCUCACGAGAGAAGCAUGGUAUCGCGCCGCCAGGCUGAUUGGGUGGAUGCAGAAGGGCGGACAGACCCAGGUGGACGAGAGCCUCGUUUCGAAAGCUGGACCAUUCCCCUCCUUUGCCGGUCACCCGACACCGCCUCAGCAGGCGCCUAUCUUGGCGCAGACUACGGGACAGCGAGCUCCCCAGCCCGGCCUUCCCCAGCUCACAGCGGCGGACCGCGCCAAGUUCACCAAGAUCUUUGUGGGCUGCGGACCACAGAAUGGGCUCGUUUCGGGCGAUAAGGCGAGAGAUGUGUUCUUGAAGAGCCAGCUAGGCUAUGAUAAACUGGGACAGAUAUGGACUCUGGCAGAUACCCAGCAGCGCGGUUCGCUGGACCUUCCGGAUUUCAUCAUCGGCAUGUUCCUCAUCCAGUCAUGCAUGGCCAACACAUCCCUCACUCUGCCCGCUACGCUGCCUCCUACAGUGUACGAGCAAGCUUCAGGCGGCCGGCCCCCUCCUACUAGCCCUAUCGCUCGGCAGAACACCGGACCAGCGUCGCCCAUGCGGCAGCAGUACACCGGUCAAUUGCAGCCCCAGCAGACUGGUCCGUCGCUCAGCGCACAGAACACCGGUCGGUCCGCCUUCCCCUCUGCUGCGCCGAAGCCUCCCGUUCCUACUCAGCAGUGGGACAUUACGCCCGACGCAAAGGCUACGUCAGACCGCUUCUUCUCGCAGCUCGACACCCAGAACAAGGGCGUCAUCGAGGGCGACGUCGCUGUCCCCUUCAUGCUCCAAAGUCAACUGGACGAGGCGUCCCUUGCGAGCAUAUGGGACCUGGCGGAUAUCAGAAAGGAGGGAAAGUUGACCAAGGACGAAUUCGCGGUGGCGAUGUACCUCAUCAAUGGCAAGCUGGCGGGAAGGGACGUACCGGCGAGCCUGCCCAACAGUCUCAUCCCCCCAUCAUUGCGGGGUGAAUACUCGAAUCAGCAGGAGGCGCCUACGAGCAGCGUCACCAAAGACCUGUUCGACCUCUUUGCGGAUGACGAGCCUGCUGCGCCGGUUCCGGCCUUCCAGCCCACCGCUUCGCCCGCCCGCUCUAUUGCCCCUCAGCCAUUCUCUCCCCAGGCUUUCCUCCCCCAGCCGCCAUCUCGCAAGGCCACGGCUCCCCCUCCACCAGUCUCGCGCGCUCUCUCUCCCAACGCGACCGGUACAUCCGCCCACAGCUUCAGCGGUCCCGGUCAGGGCUUCCGGAUGCCCUCCAGCGACCUCCUCGGAGACGACUCCUCUGCUGCAGCCAGCUCCGUCCCUGAUCGGUCGGUCGAGAUCGGAAACAAGCAAAACCAACUCCAGAACACCGAGCGGAGCGUCGGCGAGCUGGAGAAGCAGCGCGCCGACCUGGAGCGCUCUGCCCAGUCCACCUCGGCGCAGCUUGAGGAGAUCGAGCAGCGCCUAUCGUCUGCGCGGGUCAAGCACGAGGCGGAGAGCAAGUCUGUCAGCGACCUACGCGUCCGCGUUGGUCAACAGCAAGACAGUAUCCAGAAGCUCAACGAGGAUCUCAUUUCGGCCGAAUCGGACCUCUCGGCGAUGCGGUCCGAGAAGGACGAACUGGAGCAGACGCUCUUGCGUGACAAGGAGGAAGUGCGGGGAUUGCAAAAGAAGAUGAAGGAGGUGGAGGAUGAAAAGACGGGGUUGAAGCUUGCGCUCGAAAAGCUCAAGAAGGAGGCGAGGCAGCAAAAGGGGAUGGUGUCGAUUGCAAAGAAGCAGUUGACGACGGCUGAGGGCUCGAGAGAUGGAGUGCAGAAUGAGAUCAAGACGGAAGAGGCGAGUCAGGCUGCUGCUGCAGCUCAGCCGAGGGAGGAGCCGGUCUUUUCGCCCUCGACCGGUUCGGCCGCUGGUAUCCCCCUUCCGGCCACACCGGCUGCGCUCAGUCCGGUCGCUACGGGCGUGUCGCAGCGGUCCAACAAUCCCUUUGAUCGGCUCAGGAACGCUGCCAAGUCCCCCACUCCCUCGGAAACAUCUCAG